AUGGCACCAUUGGCACCAAAAAGCAAAGCGCCCACCAAAAGAUUCUACUUCAUCGUUAUCGUUGCAAUAGCAUGUACACACAUAUUUGACUGGAGUCCAUCCAGUUAUGCUUUUUAUUCUGAAAAUACUACGAGUAGUGGUGGUGGUGGAAGCGCCCAGGGGCACCUCUCCUCAAAACCUCAAUGGAAUCAUCGUGCUGCCGUGGAAGAAAAGAGUCAGUCAAAAGACACAUUUGAAGCGGGCAUGUCGGAACAAGACGUGAAUUUGAAUGCAGAUGAGGAAGAAAGUCAGGAUGAAGACAGUCCGUCUGAGUCUAAGUCUGAACAAGACUCGGAUGCCAGUUUGGAUUCGGAUGAGCAUGAUGAAAAUCAGGAUCAAAAGCAGGACGGAGACUCAAACCAAACGCAGGAUGAGUCUCAGUCAGAAGGGGAUGCGAAUUUGGAUUCGGAUGAGCAUGAUAAAAGUGAAGAUGCGAAUUUGAAUGCUUCAAGUACGGAUGAGGGUGAAAGUCAGAAUAAUACUACAAGUACAGAAGAUGAGGAUGAAAGUCAGAAUAAUGAAGGCACAAUUCAGUCUCAGGCUCCAUCUGAGACGCCAGCUGAACAAGAUACGGGUUUGAAUACUACAACAAGUGAGGUUGAGAAUGGUGAAAAUCAGAAUGAUGGCAUCAUUCAGCCUCAGACGAAUUCGUCCGAAUCUCCUUCUGAACUAGAUACAAAUGGUGUGAAUACUCCAGGUCCAGUCGAGGAUGGAAGUCAUAGUGAAUUGGGUUCAAGUACGGGUACACCGAGUGCAAUCGAAAAGUGGAAACAACUAUGGAGAGACAACAUACCUGAAAAUGCUACCGUCAACGCCUUACCAGAACCGACGGCGAGUCGAAUACUAUCCUUGAACCACACCCUGUAUGGUAAAUCGGCAACACAAAGAGAGGUCUUCACCAGCCUUGUUGACGCAUUUCCUCUCCCAAAACAUGAAGAUUCGAUCGCAGUGUACAGUGAAGAGGCGUACAACAAGCUUAUAUCCAAGUUGUUACAGACAGACAAACCUGAUCGCAAGUUCAAAAUUGUUGCUACUGGUGGCUCAACGACAGCAGGGGGUGGGAAGCCACCCGUACUCGAUAAAGAUCGGUAUUACUCCAAACUUGCUGACUACUUGAAUAGCAUGCUCUCAAUCAAUCAAACAGGGACACAGCAAACGAUUGAAUAUAUACCUCAAGGCCAUGGUACCCGCAAUUCGCUCCAUGCUGCUGUGCUACUCGACAAUUUUAUUCCUUCCGACACUGACUUGUUACUCUGGGAGUUCUCGAUUAACGACGCAGCCGACCCAGAUCUAAAGAACAAAGAGGCGGUGUUGAGUACCUCGAAACAAAGCUUCAUUGCUUGGCUUCACGAGAUCAGCGCAAUGAAAGAGCCUCCGAUGGUAGUGCUGCUUUAUUACUGGAAUUCGCCUUAUCGUCGAAAUCGGACAACCCAUGAGAUUAUAUGUGAUUCAUAUGAAUCACACGGUGACAUUGCUCGACAGUUUCCGUUUGUUGUCGGUCAUUUGAACAUGGCAAAAUACGUUGACGAAGAGCUGAAUCUCUCAACCUGUGGGCUUUAUCGAAAAUGUCCACUUCUUAGUGAUCAGCACCAUGCCAGCAGAAUUGGUCACGUGGCGACUGCUUUUCUAUUGCUAAACGUGCUGAACCCUUGGUUUGCUUCUCAAUCCGCGGCUGCUGCAAAACAACGAACAUUCCUUGAUGAUACAAAACAUGAAUGGACUUGUGGUACAGAGACGGACGCCAAACGACUUUUACAGAGUGUCAUAACCAACUCAUCCACUGGGUGGAAAUCAUCCAUUGGCAGCUGGACGCUGGAGAUACCUAUAUACAAUCAAGAGACUCCAAGGAGUCUUGUGCCUGGCAAUCCAUUGGAAGGCAUUGAGCUGAUAUCAAAGGCGAGUGAUAUUCGGCAAGAUAGACAACGGUGCAUAUCCUUGAACCAGUGCGGCGCAAAUAACACAUUUUACUUGAAAGCUCCAUUUGAACAACCAAUGCGAAAUGUCCGAGUGAUGCUCAUGAGCUUCAGAACCAAGGGCCUGGGCCGCCCAUUGAGCACCAGUGAAAUCAGCGUCCAACUCAACGACUCGAAUACAUCCGCACCUGGAGAGCUUGUACCAAUGAUGGUUUACAAGAAACCAGAGAUAGUCAAAGAGUGGCAUUGUCAUUUUUCGUGCUCAUGUGCUUGGGGCACAAAUGUUGACCUCUACUGGUAUAUUCUGAAUACCUCCGAGCCAGCUGUGCAUUCCGUCCGAAUGUGCGUACCUCCCCGUGUAAAUCGAUCACCCAAAAUACAGUCCCUUGCAUUUUGGUGA